CACUGUCUGCCUACUGCGCUCUCCUCUCUCUCUAUGUCUCUUCCCUAUGAAUUCAUCAUUCAAGCAUCUUCUACUACAUAUACAAAAAAUCUCCCCCUAAUUUCACAUUCAUAGAAAACCAAAAUAUAUCGCAAGUACGAGAGAAUGGGGUUUCCAACAGACGUUAUGUUGCCAACGGUUUUUAUGCAGUUUCUUUCAGUAUUAGCUUCCAUCAGAAAACUCCUUACUCUCUUUUUCUGUUAUUUCGGUUUCGAAUCCGACUUUUCCUUUCCUGAAACUACGCCUGAACCCCGGCUGCUCAUCAGAGAAAUCCUUCCGGCGGUGAAAUUCUCAGAGCUGGAGCUGGCAGUGGUAGAAUGCUCACAGGAUGGCUGUGCCGUCUGCCUUUACGAGUUCAAGGCGGAAGAUGAGAUCCAACGGCUCACAAACUGCCGUCACAUCUUCCAUAAAAACUGCCUCGACCGUUGGAUGGGAUACUAUCAUACGACAUGUCCUUUGUGCCGCACAACUUUCCUACCGCGUCACAUGCAAGAUACAUGAUUUGUUGUUACCAUCGUUAAUCAUUAUCCUCUUCCUGUUAUGUUAUGUCUUUCUAUAGUUUAAUUUCUUCUCUUCUUUCUUCUCUGUAUAUAUAUUAUGAAUACAGAAACUUCAAAGAUAAGUGAAUUGUGGUUAAAGUUAUAUGUAUCAGUUUUGUUAGCAUCAAUUUUUUGAAUGCAGCACUGGCUUCCAGUUCUUAUCAA